UUUGGUCAUCACCUUGGCUUCAUCGUUCAACGGUUCUUCCACCAGCAUCCGUAGCAUCUUUUGCUCCGCAGGAGAUCAGUGUAGCCCGUUCCAGGAACGGCCCAACCCACCAGCAGAGCAGGGCUAGGUUGGGGUUAUUCACUGAUUUGGAGCCAGUUGGGCCAGGCCUCACUGCUCGAGGCCAUAAGCGCAACGUGUGGUUGUGGACUUAUGGCCCCGAUCGGGUAAAGCGCUAGCGGGACAGAGGAUUCGGUGCAACCCCUCCAUUUCCAAAAAUCGCCGCGUACAAAAUUCUUCCAUUUCCGAAAACGCAACAGACCGCCCCGCAGAAGAAACAAACCACCCCACCGACCGUUUGCCUCUCUGGGGUGGUGGCGCUGCAGCGCACGGCGAGAAAAGCGAAAAGCGUAGAGUACGUUUCUAGCCGCGCCCGAGUCUGAAAAAGCGAUCGAGCGAGCCAAAAUCCCCAAGCUUUUCGUCCGCAUCCAUCUAUCUCCAUUCUCCACACGCGCGCGUAGCAUAUACUGAGGUCAAGGCUGUUCUCGAUCGAGCGAUCAAGAAUUCAAGAUGGCGCGACGGAAGCCGCCGUCGCAGCGCGGCGCCCGGCGGAGCGCCGAGGGCCAGAGCCAGAGCGAGACGGCGACGCUGAAGCGUGGCCCGUGGACGGCGGAGGAGGACGAGCUGCUGGUGCGGUUCGUGGAGCGGGAAGGGGAAGGCCGGUGGCGCACGCUGCCGCGGCGCGCGGGGCUCCUGCGGUGCGGCAAGAGCUGCCGCCUGCGGUGGAUGAACUACCUCCGGCCCGACAUCAAGCGCGAGCCCAUCGCCGACGACGAGGAGGACCUCAUCCUCCGCCUCCACCGCGUCCUCGGCAACCGGUGGUCGCUGAUCGCCGGGAGGCUGCCGGGGCGCACGGACAACGAGAUCAAGAACUACUGGAACUCGCACCUCAGCAAGAAGCUCAUCGCCCAAGGCCUCGACCCGCGGACGCACAUGCCGCUCGCACCAGCCGACAACGCAGCGGCGGUCGUCGGACCUCCGGAUCCGGCUCUGCCCGCGCAACCAACGACGGCGCCGUCUGGUGCCGCUGGCAUUGGAUCAGGCGACAGUACUCGUGCCAGUGCGGCAGAAAGAGGCGAUGAUGAUCAGGACCAGCUGGCAGCGACGAUGAGCCUGGACGACGCCGCUGCCCAGCCGCUGGGCUUUGAAGGAUUCGCCGAUCAGUUCUUCGCCGAGCAUCACGCCGCUCGUGGCGGCUUCGACGACAUGGGCUGCGCCAUGGUGGACGCCGACGACGCCUUCGCCUUGUUCCUCGACUCCUUGGUCAACGAGAGCCAGUUCGUCGAUUGAUUAAUUACUUCGUCGAGGGCAUACUAGCUGAUUGAUUAUGCUGAUAUACGUCUCUCAUAUCUCAACAGUACACGCACGCUGUCGCAGGAAUUAAUGAUUAAUCGCUAAUGGAUCAGUUCGUGGUGAACAAUCAUGAGCAGAUACUACGCAUGAAUUUCUUCUCUGGUGUGUAUGGGCGGAUUGCAAAGACAUUGGUAACUACUGUAGUAAGGUGUGUGUGUUUCUGGCAUGGGAUGGCAAGUUAAUGUGUUCA